AUGUUGUUGCUUGUUCAGUUUGACCCGAAAGGCCGUGGUGCGGGAAGGAGGAGUGCGCGCGCGCAGAAGGGGCCAAUCAGCGUUCGCGCCGAAGAAUCCUCGCGCCGCUGCCUCCUCGCUCUAUCCCCCUCCCACCUCACUCCCCCCCGCCCACGCCACGUUGCUGCUUCUCCCCACUCGUUUCCCCCCUCCCUUCCCGACCCCCCUCUCGUCGAGCUGAACCCCCUCCCCUGCUCGUUACCGCCGCCAUGGACCCGAGCAACUGGAGCAGCUUCAUCUUCCAGCAGAGUCAUACUCAGAACCCUUUACAGGUUGGGACUGAAAUCCAGUCAAGAUUUUUUGCUGCUCAGGGCUGUAGUCAAAGUUCCUUCCAGGCCAGACCAUUUGAACAGCCAUGUUCGACAAGUCCACUCAACAGAGAGACCCUUCAAAUGUGAGACUUGUGAAGCAGCUUUUGCCACUAAGGAUCGACUACGUGCUCACACAGUCCGUCAUGAGGAAAAGGUGCCAUGUCACGUGUGUGGAAAGAUGCUGAGUGCUGCCUAUAUCACAGACCACAUGAAAGUACACAGCCAAGGGCCGAAUCAUGUCUGUGAACUGUGCAACAAAGGGUUCACCACAGCGGCCUACCUCAGGGUGCACGCGGUCAAGGACCAUGGACUAGCCGCCCCGCGGCUGGAGCGUUUCCUUUGCAAGCUGUGUGGCGUGCACUGCAAGACCCCAGCUCAGCUCAACGGGCAUCUGCAGACGCACGCAGGAGAAGGGGCCGCGGCCACUGAGGGCCAACCGCUGCGGUGAAACAUUGGCCGGGCCACCAGGUACGGGUGAGGUCUGCCCCCUUGCUGCAGCCGUCUCGGCUCCACUUCCAGCUGCAGUCACGGUGCUGCC